CGGCCUGACCCCCACCGAGCCCUGUCACCGGCCCGGCCACCGUCACCGGCCCGGCCACUGUCACCGGCCUGACCCCCACCGAGCCCUUCACCGGCCCGGCCACUGUCACCGGCCUGACCCCCACCGAGCCCUGUCACCGGCCUGACCCCCACCGAGCCCUUCACCGGCCCGGCCACUGCCACCGGCCUGACCCCCACCGAGCUCUGUCACCGGCCUGACCCCCACCGAGCCCUUCACCGGCCCGGCCACUGUCACCGGCCUGACCCCCGCCCCUGUCACCAGCCUGACCCCCACCGAGCCCUGUCACUGGCCCGGCCACCGUCACCGGCCUGACCCCCACCGAGCCCUGUCACUGGCCCGGCCACUGUCACCGGCCUGACCCCCACCCCUGUCACCGGCCUGACUCCCAGCGAGCCCUUCACCGGCCCGGCCACCGUCACCGGCCCGGCCACUGUCACCGGCCUGACCCCCACCCCUGUCACCGGCCUGACCCCCAGCGAGCCCUGUCACCGGCCCGGCCACCGUCACCGGCCUGACCCCCACCCCUGUCACCGGCCUGACCCCCACCCCUGUCACCGGCCCUGCCCCUGUCACCGGCCUGACCCCCACCGAGCCCUGUCACUGGCCCGGCCCCCACCCCUGUCACCGGCCUGGCCCCUGCCCGGUGCCCCUUGCCCACUGCCCCUGUCACCUGUCUGUCCCCUGUCACCUGUCUGCCCCUUGCCUGCUGACCCCAUCACCUGCUUGCUCUCAGCACCUUGCCUGCUGCUCCUGUCACCUAACCAUGCCCUGUCUGCUGUCCCUGUCACCUGCCUGGCCCCUGCCUGCCGUCCCUGCCUGUCACCUGCCUGUCCCUUGCCCACUGCUGGGCAAGUACCACAGAAGGCUCAGCCCAUGGUGUGGUUGUCACAGCAGCUGGCACAUACUUCGUGCUUUAUAAUUCAUAACCCCCCCUGCAGUCCCUGUCUAGACAAAACAAAGUUUUGGUGAAGGGUUGGAGGAUUAAAAAGGAGUUAAAUUUUAGGAAAUAAACCCAGUGUAAUAGUUUUUAAUUUGCAUUGAUAAUACUUUAAACAACUUGUGCAUAUUUUUGUUUAAUGCAGUUAUGUGAUGUCUGCUUGUAUCACACAGUGAAGGGGGUAUGAAAGAUAAACCAUGAACUCAAAUGAAUAAUGAACUGUGUUCAUUAAUGGAUGAACAUUAAAGGUUCAUUAAAGGAUGGCCUGGGAUAUUCUCCAAUGAGAAUUCUCAUAGUCCUGUCACAGUUGGAUUAAACUUUGGAAUUUAGCUGUUAUCAUAAAGGCAAGAGUCCUGGUAGCUGGCAUCAGAGUUAUGAAGCUGUUUCAGAACACGUCUGUCUUGGAAUACUGUGGUUGGCCUGCUGUACCCCUGCAUUGACAGCCACCUCGGGGAGCCCCACAAGUUCAAGCGGGAGUGGGCCAGCGUCAUGCGCUGCAUCGCCGUCUUCGUGGGCAUCAACCACGCCAGCGCUAAACUAGACUUUGCAAACAACGUCCAGCUGUCCCUGACUCUGGCAGCCUUAUCACUGGGGCUUUGGUGGACAUUUGAUCGUUCAAGAAGUGGUCUCGGACUUGGAAUAACAAUAGCCUUUGUAGCAACACUGAUAACCCAGUUUCUUGUAUAUAAUGGUGUUUAUCAGUAUACAUCCCCAGAUUUCCUUUACAUUCGUUCUUGGCUUCCAUGUAUAUUUUUCUCAGGAGGUGUGACUGUAGGAAACAUAGGACGCCAGCUGGCUAUGGGUAUUCCAGAGAAACCACACAAUGACUAAACCUUUGAAGAAGAGCACCUGGUGCCAGUGUGAAAGCAACUUUAUGAAGACGUGUUCCUUUUUAAAACUGAAGAUUAUUUAGAAGAAAUAAUCUCUUUAUGGGCUCACUGCACAAAUGACUUGUGGGAAAAAAAAUUUACCCACUCUUAGAAUAGCCAAGUGAAAUUAACUGCUUAUCUUGAAAUCUUACCCUGAUUUACCACAUAAGCAUUUGCAUAUGGCUGUUCUCUGGAAGAGUUUAACACCAAGUGCAUACAACUGUUCAGGCUAAGUGGCAGUUUUCCAAGUAUUAGAUUCCACUGCAAGUUAUUGAAUCAGCUGCCGUGUUUUAAAGCCUUGAAACUGAAAUUUAAUUACAAGCUCUUGUAUCAGUGCCCAAAGGAAGUAGAUCGAUGGUGCUUAACAAUGAUGAAGUAUGGUUUAAUAGGAAUAGUAUUUAUCCAAAUCUUUAAAAAAUAGGGUUAUUUAAAAAUAAGAGUGAUCGAAACAGAUUAAAGGCAUUGCACUAAUGCUUUUAGGAGUUUUAUGAAGGAAUCAUGCCCUUACUUGUAAUGCUGCAUUAAGUUUCUGUCUUUGACGGUGGAGAGGGUUUGAGGGAUGAGAGGUUGGAAGCCUUAGUUUGGAAUUUCUAAAUUACUUCAGUAUGAGAAGUGAGCACAGGAGACAAUCUUGGUCAAAUGUGAACCUUUAUCAAGAGAUUCCAACUGGAAAUUUCAUUACUCCUGAGGCUUGCAGUUAGAUUUGCAAGAAUCAAGCUCUGGCCACAAUUCAGUAAGAAAUCUCAGUGUGUGUGUGACUAUGCCUGCUUAAUAUUAGACACCUGCUUCAGUGUCUCACCAAAGGACAUCUUAAGUAUCUCAAAUGUCUGAUGUUACUGAAAAACCAUGUCAUUGCUUAGCCAUCAAACACGUGCCCCCAAGUUCUUUGAUUUGUCAUUUCCUCCUAGAGCUGUCCUUUGAAUCCGUGUUUGGACUGAAAUGAUUAGAAAAAGAAAAAGAAUUGGGCCUCAAAUGUGAUUUAAAUUGUAUGUGAAGAACAGCUUGUUUUCUCAGUUCAGCUUCUGAAAGAGAUCACUACUUGUUUUUACACAGCCCUAUAGAACUUGCAAUCUGUGAUUGCCUUCUUAAAAACAAAAAGUGCUUAUGUCACUACAUUAAACAUUUGGUGUUUCUUAAUACAUAGUUCUGGUGAGCACAACGUAUUCAUUUGAUAGCUUAGACCACAGGAGACCUAAAUAGCAAGUAUUAGGUCUUAAAAGUUGAAGUGCAAUGUACAGUAAGUCUGAGCCUCAAGUUCUCUUCAAUAUCGAUCAUUUCUUAUGAGAGAUUAAAGAGAAAAGGGUUCUGAGUUCAUUUCAAUGCUGCAUGGAGUCAAAUGGAGCAAUAAUUUAUUUAACUAGUAAAGCUAGUUUUGUUGUAUCUUACAUUGAACCCAAAUUUUUAGAAAUACUCCAAUUUUGUGGUUAUGGUGUACUUGUAAACUUUUAUGGAUUUGCCUUUUUGUAUUAUGCAAUUUUUUUUUUCUUGUUGUGUUCUUUUCCAAUUUUACAUGGCUUCAGUUAUAGUUAGAGGCUUCAGUUAAAGGUUGAACCAUCAAAACAGAAGUUGAGGCCAGGUCUCUGUUCUGGCUGUUUUCACUCUUCUAAGGGAAUGCUAGCAACAAAAGUUUAGCACGAAGUCUAUACUACAGAGCAGACCCCAAUUCUAACCUUGCUUUGGUUUAAAUCAAGAGUAAUUUCAUUGAUAUAAGAUCCUUCCUCAAAUGUUCAAAACUUAAAUAAUCAAAUUUUAUAAAACUGCUUGAAGAGAUUAGGAUGGGUUCAGCUCAGAUGUUUAAGGAGCUGCUGCCUUGCUGGAAUUACAGCUUUGUAACCAUCUUGAAACCCAUUUCAAAAUGUUGUGAAACUGCAUGUAAGUAAAGCUGGCAGUGAUCUCUAUGGAUAUUUGAUGGAGAAGUAUCUCAGAUUUAUUUGUAAAGAUUGAAACUAAAUCUGUACCUGUUAGAAAUAAUACAGCCAAAAACAUAAGUCAAAAGUUCAUUUUUUGCCAAUACUUCUGAGUAUCAUAACCAAAGUGAUUUAAGUUUGGAAGAGGUGGGGAGGGGAGUGAAGAAAAUUUGCACUAUUCUGAAUUUGAACACUUAAAUUCUCAUUCUUACUGAUAAGUUUUCAGCGGUGUGUUUGGUUUUACACUUUUUUUACUAUUAAAGUUUUAAGAUCAAACCA